AAAGACAGGUGCAUGGCGGUGCAUGGCGCGGGGAUUAGGUCUGCACUUUGUAUGAGAAACCUGAGGGCCCCGGGAGAUGCUGCUCCAGUUAUCAGUCGGAGGGAGGGCUUUAGGUUUGUCUGGAGCCAGGCAGAUCAACAGAAUGAUCAUUCAGAAAAAAACUGUCUCCUGCGCAAACAGAGUGAGAUAAAGUGGCCUUUCAAGCUUAGAAACCCCAGAAGUCUCCCUGGAUGCCUCUACAAACUGAGGCUCCUGAUCCAGCUGCAGUUUAGGUUGGAUCCCAUCUCAGAGAAGGACCUCGGAGGAGUUUGAAGAGGAGUUUGCCAGGACUGGAACAAGUGCAAUAGGCAGAAAGACUCACCCAGAGGCUGAUUGCUCUCUGGGUUGCUGUCAGUUGCUGGGGAGGCUGUAGGUGAGUGCCUGCAGCUUUAACGCCUUCCACAUUUUCCCUGUAUACAAACACUGGGCUACCCAAGGCCCGCUUUAAGGUGGACCUGACUCUGGUAAACUGAUCUCAGAUGGCAGCUGAAGGUGAGCAUUCCCAAGCUGUUUUCUCUAGAGUACCCGCAGCUCCGAGCAUUUCCCAGGGGCGGUACAACUGUUAAAGCUGAGCCCAGUUUAGGGGUUUGUGGGGCCACCUUAACCACGAUGCCGAGGUAGGCCGGGCCACGCCUCGCGAGGAGUUGAGCGGGCUAGGGGAGGCGCCAGCGGGACACCGUAGGUGGGUUCAAGAAGCACGCUUCCAGACCCCGGGCGGGAGCAAAAUAACCCCGGGGUAUCGAACCCCAGGCUUAAGCUCCUCCCCUCAUGGAGGGGCGUCCAUGGGCGUGGCGCUCCUUUCAACAACCAGGGACCCACUCUCAGUCCCACCGAUCUCCCUCUCACUCAGAAGCGUUCCCUUUAAGUCUGACCGGCAGCUCUCGCGGGAUCCGCUGCUUCCAUUCUCGCGAGAGGUGUACUCCGCUCCCAUUGGUUGUGAGGGUUGAAUGUAAGAUGGCGCCCAGGGAGCUGUGAGGAGAAAAUCCUGUCGGUCUUGGAGCAGCGACGGCAGAACCGAGGCCCCGGGCGGUGAAGCGGGGCCGGCGGGUAGAGCGGAGGCAGCGGCGGCGGUGGCGUCGCCGGAACAAAAUUAAAACUUAAAAAGAGGCUGAGGAUGGAAGGAACUUCUUUGUUCUAUCUUCUUCAGAAUGUUAGAAGUCUUAAGAACUCAGGACAAGCAGCAGACAUACAUGCAACAUGGUGACUGGAACCCUAAGGACUCUGCAAUAUGAAUAAUUCUCUGGAGAAUACCAUCUCAUUUGAAGAGUACAUCCGAGUGAAGGCGAGGUCUGUCCCCCAGCACAGGAUGAAGGAAUUUCUGGACUCACUGGCGUCUAAGGGACCAGAAGCUCUUCAAGAGUUCCAGCAGACUGCCACCACCACCAUGGUGUACCAACAGGGUGGGAACUGCAUAUACACAGACAGUACUGAAGUGGCUGGGUCUUUGCUUGAACUUGCUUGUCCAGUCACAACCAGUGUUCAACCACAAACUCAGCAAGAACAGCAAAUCCAGGUUCAGCAGCCACAGCAGGUUCAGGUACAGGUGCAGGUACAGCAGUCUCCACAGCAAGUCUCAGCUCAGCAACUUUCCCCUCAGUUCACGGUUCACCAGCCUGCUGAGCAGCCUAUCCAGGUCCAGGUGCAGAUCCAGGGCCAACCACCGCAGUCAGCAGCCCCCUCCAUCCAGACCCCAUCUCUGCAGAGCCCCAGCCCCUCGCAGCUGCAAGCAGCCCAGAUCCAGGUGCAGCACGUGCAGGCAGCCCAGCAGAUCCAGGCUGCAGAAAUCCCAGAGGAACAUAUCCCACAUCAACAAAUCCAGGCUCAGCUGGUGGCUGGCCAGUCUCUUGCUGGGGGUCAGCAGAUUCAAAUCCAGACCGUGGGUGCCCUUUCCCCGCCACCGUCCCAGCAGGGCUCACCCCGGGAAGGAGAACGGCGGGUUGGCACAGCCAGUGUCCUUCAGCCAGUGAAGAAACGCAAAGUGGACAUGCCCAUCACCGUGUCCUACGCCAUCUCAGGGCAGCCAGUGGCCACCGUGCUGGCCAUUCCACAGGGCCAGCAGCAGAGUUACGUGUCUUUGAGGCCAGACUUACUGACAGUAGACAGUGCCCACUUGUACAGUGCCACUGGGACCAUAACUAGCCCUACAGGAGAAACUUGGACCAUCCCUGUUUAUUCUGCCCAGCCCCGGGGGGACCCUCAGCAGCAGAGCAUUACUCACAUUGCCAUUCCCCAGGAAGCCUACAACGCAGUCCACGUCAGUGGCUCGCCCACAGCCCUGGCAGCUGUAAAGCUGGAGGAUGACAAGGAGAAGAUGGUGGGCACCACAUCUGUAGUGAAAAACUCCCAUGAAGAGGUAGUGCAGACCCUUGCAAACUCUCUCUUUCCAGCACAGUUCAUGAAUGGCAACAUCCAUAUUCCAGUGGCUGUGCAGGCCGUUGCAGGCACGUACCAGAAUACGGCUCAGACUGUACAUAUAUGGGACCCACAGCAGCAGCCACAGCAGCAAACUGCACAAGAACAGACACCACCACCACCCCAACAGCAGCAACAGCUCCAGGUUACUUGUUCAGCACAAACUGUUCAGGUUGCUGAAGUUGAGCCACAGUCACAACCACAGCCUUCACCAGAACUUUUGCUUCCAAAUUCUUUGAAGCCAGAAGAAGGGCUCGAAGUAUGGAAAAACUGGGCUCAAACCAAGAAUGCUGAACUAGAGAAGGAUGCUCAAAACAGACUGGCCCCCAUUGGGAGGCGCCAGUUGCUACGAUUCCAAGAAGAUCUGAUCUCCUCUGCUGUGGCCGAAUUGAAUUAUGGCCUCUGUUUAAUGACACGCGAAGCUCGUAAUGGAGAAGGUGAACCCUACGACCCAGACGUACUCUACUACAUUUUCUUGUGUAUACAAAAGUAUCUUUUUGAAAAUGGAAGAGUAGAUGACAUAUUUUCUGAUCUUUACUAUGUUCGUUUCACGGAGUGGUUACAUGAAGUUCUGAAGGAUGUGCAGCCCCGUGUCACUCCUCUUGGCUAUGUUCUGCCCAGCCACGUGACUGAAGAGAUGCUGUGGGAGUGCAAACAGCUUGGGGCACACUCCCCUUCCACACUGCUGACCACCCUCAUGUUCUUUAAUACCAAGUACUUCCUGUUGAAGACAGUAGAUCAGCACAUGAAGCUGGCUUUCUCCAAGGUCCUUCGACAGACAAAGAAGAACCCCUCAAAUCCUAAGGAUAAAAGCACGAGUAUCCGCUAUCUGAAGGCCCUUGGAAUCCAUCAGACUGGCCAGAAAGUUACAGAUGACAUGUAUGCAGAACAGACAGAGAAUCCAGAGAAUCCAUUGAGGUGUCCCAUCAAGCUGUACGAUUUCUACCUCUUCAAAUGCCCCCAGAGUGUGAAAGGCCGAAAUGACACCUUUUACCUGACACCUGAGCCGGUGGUGGCUCCCAACAGCCCAAUUUGGUACUCAGUCCAGCCGAUCAGCAGAGAGCAGAUGGGACAGAUGCUGACCCGCAUCCUGGUUAUACGAGAAAUCCAAGAAGCCAUUGCCGUGGCCAGCGCAACCACCAUGCACUGAGGUGCCUCAGCCUCAGUACACAAAAAAAGAAAAAAUCCAGGAAAAACCAGACAAAGACUUUUACACUAAAGAAGAGGCCUCCAUUUUUUCUUUUCUUCUUCUUUUUUUUUUUUUUUUUUUUUUUUUUUUUUUUUUUUUUUUUUGUUUGUUUUGUGGGUUUUUUUUCCCCCCUCCGGACCUAAUUGUAGUUACGAUGCUUUUCAGGCUACUUCUGUUAAAAAUGUAAAAGGCAGCAUUGUCCCUUUGAGUCUUCAUAGAUGUGUGGGCAGACCCCUUGAUUCGUGGGGCCUUGGGAUUUUGAGAGCCAGAUGUCCUAAGAAGUGGCUGGCUUUUAUUCUUUCUCUUUUUUUUUCUUUUGUCUGGGGCAUGGGGAAAGGGUCUUGGACUGUUGGGACAAAUAUGGGCCCUUCCCUUUCACAAGGAAGAUGGAGCUGCUGAUGGAUCAAUCUCCUGGGGAUCUCCACCUGACUUCGCUUUGGACUGAAUACAUGGAGCCACAGUUUUUUCUUUAUGCUCAGACAUAAACUUAGCAUCUUAAUGAAAGAAAAAUGAGAGGAAAUUCAAAUAUGAUUUUAUUAAAGACAAUUUCUGUUACACCCUCCUUUAUGACAAGUGACAUAGAUGUUAAAGUAAAAACUUUACCAUGCCUUUUUUUUCUUGGCCUAACAUUGAGGCCUUAAACCUGAGGCUGCUGUGCCUGAUGGAAUUCUUGUAACAUACACUUGUGUAUCAUAUAAAGAUACCACUCUUUCUCUUAUGUAUUAUUAUUCUAGUUGUUUAUUAAGAAUGACAAGCACGUCUUUUCAA